UCUUCCAUUGCAGGAAUAGUGGCACAGGAGACCCACUUUGAAAACCUGCAGUCACUUGGGCGCUCAUACAUCGCAGCUUCUUAUGUGAAGACUCUAGAAUCAGCUGGAGCCAGAGUUAUUCCUAUAAGAAUAAACCUGCCUAAAGAAGAAUAUGUGAAGAUCUUCAACGCAAUAAACGGGGUUCUUCUGCCAGGUGGUGGAGUUGACCUUAAAACUUCAGAAUAUGCAAGAGUGUCCAAGAUAUUUUAUGAUCUGGCCAUUGCGGCUAAUGACAGAGGUGACUCUUUUCCCAUUUGGGGAACAUGCUUAGGAUUUGAAGAACUGACAGUUCUAACAAGCGGGGAACUUCUCUUAACACUAACAAAUACAGAGGACAUUUCAUUGCCUCUAAACUUCACUGAUAGUGCUUUACACAGCAAAUUAUUCCAAAAGAUGCCCCUGCCACUGUAUAAAUCUCUGUCAACCAUGCCCAUAACUGCAAAUUUCCACGACUGGAGUCUGUCAGUGCAGAAUUUUACAGCAAAUGAGAAGCUAAGAAAGUUCUAUAAUGUUUUGUCAACAAACUCCGAUGGUGUGUUGGAAUUUGUGUCUACUAUGGAAGCAUAUGAAUACCCAUUUUAUGGAGUUCAGUGGCAUCCAGAAAAGAGUCCAUUUGAAUGGAGAGAAACCUCUGAUAUAUCCCAUACCGCUGAAGCUAUACAUGUGGCUUUUUACAUGGCUCAAUUUUUUGUUAAUGACGCUAGAAAAAGUCAGCACCAGUACUCCGAGGAAGCAGAAACAUCACAUCCAUUAAUAUAUAAUUACUGCCCAACGUACACUGGAAAUAUUUCCGUCUUUGAACAAAUGUAUUUUUUCUGAAGUUAU